CUGAUUCUGCGUGUCGCAUCGCCGAGAAAGAGAACCAGGAUUGGCUAUUUAUCUUGGCGAAUGAGCACACGAGGGAAAAACGGAACUGACGAAAGCGGAGUCCAGACGGAACACACAGACACGUGUUAUCCUAUUAAUGUAUCACCUCAUGUUGGGAGGAAGAUUCCUUAAUUAAUAAGCAUGGCUUUGUGGAGUGAAGAUGUCGAGGACCAGCUAAUCAGCAUGAUCCAGGAGAGGCCGCCACUGUACGACAUUACACAGAAACUUUACGCCAACCGAUCAGUGAAAGCUGGCCUCUGGCGUGAGAUUGAAGACAAACUUGUUAUAUCAGAGAAAGAGCUUAAGAAGCGGUGGGAAUCUCUGAGAACGCAGUACAUACGGUACAAGAAACUUGCACCUUCAGGAAGUUCAGGUGCACAGAGGACAGGCAGGCAACAAUGGAUCCUGGACCGACUGCAGUUUUUGGAAUCCCACACUAAAAGAAAAGAAACCAAGUUCAACCUAGUUACCACGGAACCUUCAUUUGCUAGUGAUUCCAGUUCACCUUUGGGUAAUACCACAAACACUGACACCCGGACCAGCACUUCUGAAGAACAAUACUUAUUUAAGUCUGAGAAAAGGUCCUGCAGUCCGCUGGGAGAAAGCAGCAUCUUUGGACUAGAGUCUUCAUCGAUUAUAGAUGACCCUUUGCAAAGAACAUUCAGCCAGGCAAGCAAUCAGAGGCCUCGGAAGAAGCGUAGCAGGCAAUCCCUGAACAACUCUGCCAAUGACGAGUCAUCCAAUUUGCUGCGCACCAUUGGCAGAACACUCGAAAAGUUAGCACAUCAGGAGGAACACAAUGAUGCAAUUGCAGCAUAUUGCAAAAACUUUGAGCACAGAAUGCGGACACUUCCACCACAUUUACUGCCACAUUUUCAACAUGAGGUGGACAACUGUCUCUAUAAGUAUUCAGUUGGACCACUGAAUAUAAAGACUGAAGAUUAAAGGCUUCUCAUAACAUGAUUAUUAAUGCAUCAUUCUAUUGCAUCUACAGAAUCACAUUUCUACAGCAGCUCCUCUUUCGAAUAGCACUAGCACAUUUUCUAUUGAGGAGAGCAUCACUCAGUUCAGCAUGUUGGACUCAACGUCCUGUCUUCCAUCUUCUCACCUGUGCCAAAGUUACCUAGCAAUCUUGCACAGCUUCCUCGCCUCACUCGCACAUCAGCAGGGUGCUCACUUUCCUUUGCACCCAGUGUGAGAUCCUUCCAGAGGUCGGCCGUAGUUCUCCUGAGGUAAUUCUCCACUCGGUAUAAAAGAAAUACAUUGGGAUUGAUUGUAGAAAGGUUGCCAUUUGGGUACUAAUUAUACAGAGAUACCAUGAGAGUAUCUAAUUAGACAUUAAAGACAAAAUACAGCUUUGGGAGUUAACUGUAAAAGUAAACUGUAAACAUUAGCAGUUGUUGAACAUAUGAGCUUAAUCCUAUUGUGUUUGAAAAACUGGUGUAAAAAUGAUAUGCAUUAGAAAGUCUGCAUUAGACUUUUUAUAAAAAAAAAAAAAUUAUGAAAUAAUUAGUUUGCUUUCAGAAAGAAUAAACAGACUGACACGCAAAA